AUGAUCUGGAGUGACCUCAUCCAGAAAAUAAUUUUCCUUUCUCUUAUUGGACUUGGAAUUUUAGGAAACAUCCUUUUAUUUAUGAGACAUGUACAUAUGAUUAUCAUGGGUUCUGAGAAAAAACCGAUAGACCUUAUCUUCACUCAUCUGGCGAUUUCAAACAUAAUCAUUCUUUGUACUUCAGGGAUCAAAUACAUAACCACAGACCUUCAUUUCAAAACUGUUCUGGGUGAUGCAGGUUGUAAAACUUUGGUUUAUCUGGGAAGGGUGUCCCGGGGCCUCUCCAUCUGCACUACCUGUCUCCUCAGCGUGGUUCAGGCUGCCACCAUCAGUCCCAGGACUUCCUUGUGGAGAAAGCUCAAACCACAGACCCCAUGGCAAGUUCUUCCCUUUCUCCUCCUCCUUUGGAUCUUUAAUGUUCUCAUAAGCUCCAACUUGCUUUAUCACAUCACAGCAGGCAGCAGUCUGAACAUGUCUAGAGCUGGGCUAUACAGUGAAUAUUGCUAUAUGCUGCCAUCCAGGUACACAGUUAAAUGGCUUUUUCUGUCUCUCAUGGCUCUUCGUGAUGUCACCUUUCAAAGUCUCAUGGGCUGUAGCAGUGGGUACAUGGCUCUCCACCUGUAUAGACAUCACAAGCAUGUCCUCUACCUUCACAGCUCCAGGUUUGCAAAUAGUGCCAGCCCAGAAGUCAGAGCUACAUGGAGUGUGCUCAUUCUUAUGACCUGUUUCCUCCUCUAUUACUUGGGAGAUUUCAUUUCUUCCUUCUACAUUGGCUCUGUCUUCACACUUGAUUCCAUAAUACUAAAUGCUAAAUUGUUUCUAGGAGUUGGCUACGCUGCUCUCAGCCCCUUUAUCCUGAUAAUAAAGGAUUUCCACUUGGCCAGCUGCUGGCAUGCUCACUGA